AUAAUUAUCACUGCAAAACCCGUCGCCCGCUGGUCCUUAUUUAACUUAUCUUCUGUCUCUAAUCAGAAUUUUGAAAUAUUUCGACACUUUUCUUCUUUUCUUCCUUCAAAUACAUUGUCCCAAACAAAAAGAGCUGGAUUUCUUGCGGGCCACUCGAAAGGAUUCAGAAUCCCGCUCAAUAUGAGUAUGUUCCCGGUGCGCGUUGUGGUGGAAUCAGUUCGACCGCAACAUUGCCUCACUUGCGCACGUGACGGUCAUAUGCUUGUUGAUUCCUACGCAAUCGUUUCCGGUGCGACAUUGCUUAGUCAACUAGUGGAUACAGUGCUUAGUGCUUUAGGCAUGCCACAAUUGGCCGUUAAUUCGAAAGGUUUGGUGCAGGUAGCAAAUUGGAAGGCGUUGCCAUUCGAUCAGAUUACGGAUAAUUUAGACGAUACGGUGGAAUCGUUGCUCAAAGAUAUCAGCAAUCAUAUCACUCUUAAAAUUUUAACUAAACAGUCCUCAACAGAUGCGUCGAGUUCACAGUGUAUAUCGGAUCUCAGGCAACGUCUUCUUAAAGCAGCAAUUACCAAACAACCACAUAUCCUUUCUACUGUUGAUAAUCAACAAAUUAAGGAUUUGAUAUUGCAAGUAGUAGCCGGUGAUGAACCAUCAAUGCUCAACUUUGAUCAAAUCCAGGCGAUUAAUGAGUGGUUGGAACAACUGGAUGAUAAUCAUAUCGAUAGAAAAAGGUUAAUUUUAUUUUGCUACUCCGAACAUGCUUUUAUUAUGCCCUACUAUUUGAAAUGCAGAAAGACGGUGUUGGCGUACUGUCUCAAACAGUAUUUUUAA